AUGGAUACAAUGAAGACACAAAAGCUUAAACCCAUGAAGAGCCAAUCUCUGUGCAAUCACAUUCUUGUUCAUUCUGUGAUUGCAUUGGCAUGUAGUACUUUUCUACUUUGCUUCUUCCCAUCUCAAAGUGACUUCAUUAAGCACUUUUUGUUCACCACACUCCCUUGUUCUUGGUAUUCAUUUGUUAACCCUACGUGCUUGUUCAUAGUGGUGAAUGUGAUUGUUGGGUUGCUAAUUGCUGGAGAAUCAAAGUCGUCGUCGUCAUCAUCUUCUUCUGGUUCUGUUGGUUGUGAUCGGAUUUAUGAGGAGUAUGUUAAGAGGAAGAUGGAAUUGAAUUUGAUCAAAGAGAAAGGUGUGGUUGUGGUUGAUAAGCCACAAGUUGAAGAAAGAAAUACUAAUGUAAAUGCUGAAGAUGUAGAAGUUGACAACAUCCUGUUCUUGAGAAGCAAACUGUCCUUUCUUAUAGAAACCAUAAAAGUUGGAAAUAAUAGUAAAUUUACUUGCUAUCUUCAGACAUUCUUGAUAGCACAUGAAGCAAAAUUAGGUGAAGAAAUGGGUUUCAUGUUUUGUGGAGUUAAUUCUCCUCUUGUGGACUUCGACCUCGUUCAUCUCGCAUUGAUUUCGACCAGGUCUUACAUGUCGUCAAUGUGGAACGAACUGGGUAGGGAGAAAGAGAAGGGGAAGUGUGUCAUCUUAUUCAAUCAAGGAAGCUGGCAGGACCCAUUUUUCUCCAGUUCACAUGGGGAUCCAAGGCCCCCUAAAAAUCACCAACUUCAAGAGGUGCCCACCUUCUUGAAAUCUCCAAAAGCUAACAUGGCAGAGAACAACAACAAGAAUAAGGAUUCAGGGAUCAGAGAGUUCAAAGCUCUGAUUGCAAACAACACUGAAAAGAAGCAGUUACCACCAAAGAGAAGUUCAAACAAGGACAGGCACAAGAAAGUGGAUGGUAGAGGAAGAAGAAUCAGGAUGCCAGCACUAUGUGCAGCCAAGAUUUUUCAAUUGACAAGGGAAUUGGGUCACAAGUCUGAUGGAGAAACAAUUCAAUGGCUUUUACAGCAAGCAGAGCCUUCAAUCAUUGCUGUAACUGGUACAGGAACAAUUCCUGCUUCAGCAAUGGCAAUUUCAGGGUCCUCUGUUUCUGAACAGGGGAACUCUGUUUCCUCUGUUUCUAUAGGUUUGCAUUCAAAGAUGGAAGGGAUUGUACCAGCCAGAGAUAGGUCUAAUUGGUCAAUGAUGGCGGGUAAUUUGGGUAGAUACCAUCUGGGAACUGGGUUUGGAUCAGGUUCACAGACGACGAAUUUCGGGAACGAAAACUCGAAUAUAAUGUCAAAAUUAGGGUUGCAAAGUGUUGAAAUCCCAAAUAUGAAUAUGGGUUUGAUGGGUUUUUAUUCAAUGUUUAAUGGUCAAGUUCCAGGCUUGGAGCUAGGGCUUUCACAGGAUGGUCAAGCUGGGGGACUCAAUUCUCCUGCUUUUGGACACUUCUAUCAGCAGAUGGUGCAGAGCAGAGGUGGAUCUGGCUCUGCAGAUCAUGAGCAGCAAUCUCCUCCUGAUAAAGAUGAUUCACAAGGAUCAAGACAGUAGAUCAACUUAUCGUAGACCCAGAAACAAGUGAUAUGCCAUAAUCUGUCAUUGUUAGACAAGUAAUUUUGAGUCUUCAGUGACAUCUGAGUAUUGAAUGGUUGAUCUAUCUUUUUCUUGAAGUGUCUCAGAUAUUUUGCAACUUUUGUUACAAAUACCACUCUUUAUUGUUUGUGUAUUUGCAAGUUUGUAUAAUAUAGAAAGCAAUGUUUUUAAGAUUGGGUUUGGUUUC